UCAACCGGUACCUUGUGUUCUGUCAUGGCAGCAGAGGGCUGAGAAGCAGUACAAAACAAACUGGGUUUUUUCACCCUACACAAAAGUAUUAAUUCAAUUAAUUAUUUUUACUUGUGUAGAAUGAAGGCGUUGAUGCGUGUGGCUAAUUCACAGUGGAUUUCGCUUACCGGAAAGGUUUAUAAAUGUUUAGGUUGACAGUUGCUCCUAUCUGUUUAAUUUCUGCUAGUCUUUCCUGUCAUAGGCCACAGUAGACGCUAAGAUAAGCUAGGCUAGGCUAGGCUAGGCUAAGCUAAGCUAGGCUAAAGGGAGCUAACAACAAUGCAAGUUGAAAGUGCGGGGAUGCGCAUUUCCGAGAGUGAAGGCAAGCUCGAUGUUCACACCCAGAGCUCGUUGAGGACCACGUCGAAAAGUUGGCAGUACAGUGAUCACAUGGAAAAUGUAGAUGGAUAUCUAAUGAAAUACACAAAUCUGGUAACAGGAUGGCAGUAUCGAUUCUUUGUACUGAACAACGAGGCAGGGCUGCUGGAGUAUUUUGUAAAUGAGCAAUCACGGCAUCAGAAGCCCAGGGGCACGUUACCCUUGGCAGGGGCAGUCAUCUCCCCAAGCGACGAGGACUCGCACACUUUCACAGUCAAUGCCAUCAGCGGGGAGCAGUACAAACUUAGAGCAACUGAUGCUAAAGAGAGGCAGCACUGGGUAAGCAGGCUGCAGAUCUGCACACAGCACCACACAGAAGCCAUGGGCAAGGGCAGUUCCAGUUCCCCUGCGUCUCAGCGCAAAAUCAGCCAUAACACCGGCUCCCUGUUGGGUCUGUCUCAAUUGCACCGCGGCUCUUCCAACUACUCCAACAAGCGUUCGUUGCUGCGGGAUCACCUGGUGGAGGCACGUGAGAUGAUGACCCAGGCGCAGGACCAGCACCGAGACCUGGUACAGUGCAUCGAGGGUCUGCCGGCCAGCCACAAUCCCUCUCCACUGGAUCAGGACCUCCUGCUUCUCAAAGCCACCUCUCUGGCCACUAUGACCUGCCUUAGUGACUGCCUGAACAUCCUGCAGCUCCAACAAGUGGCCCGGCACAGAGUUCCACUCGGAGGGCCGACAAUCGAAUGGCUGGAACCCAAACUGCCGGAAGCUUUGAAGAAUGGUGGCACACUGGCAAGCAUCACCAAAGACAGCGGCAAAACGCAGGACAUGGCUGUAGAACCUGCCGAAAUGGGCUCCUGUGACAUUGCUGGGGAGCAGGAAGUCAUUGAUGCCGAAGAGGAGCAGGAAGACUCCUUUCCAGCCGAGGAAGAGGACUUGGGAGCGGUGGAGGAAGAACGUAGCGUCAUCCUUCAUCUUCUGUCUCAGCUUAAACUAGGCAUGGACCUGACCAGGGUGGUCCUUCCUACGUUCAUCCUGGAAAAACGCUCUCUGCUGGAGAUGUAUGCAGACUUCAUGUCCCACCCCGACCUUUUUGUCGCCAUCACAGAUGGCACCAGUCCUAUGGACCGUAUGAUCAGAUUUGUGGAAUAUUACCUCACUUCCUUUCACGAGGGCCGCAAGGGCGCGAUUGCCAAGAAGCCCUACAACCCGAUCAUUGGCGAAACAUUCCACUGCUCCUGGAGAGUGCCAAAGACGGCAGAGUCUCAGGGAAGCAUUCCGAAAGAGGGCUUCAGUACAUCAGACUGCUAUCAUGUGAGAUUUGUGGCCGAGCAGGUGUCUCACCACCCACCUGUCUCGGGCUUCUAUGCUGAAUGCCAGGAGAGGCAGAUGUGUGUAAACACGCAUGUGUGGACCAAAAGCAAGUUCAUGGGCAUGUCUAUUGGUGUUUCCAUGAUUGGAGAGGGUAAUCUGCACCUGUUGGAGCACGGCGAAGAGUACACGUUCACUCUGCCAUCUGCCUACGCCCGCUCGAUCCUCACAGUGCCCUGGGUAGAGCUCGGCGGAAAGGUCAACGUGAACUGCGCCAAGACAGGCUACAGUGCAGCCAUCACCUUCCAAACCAAACCUUUCUAUGGGGGCAAGCUGCAUAGAGUGAAUGCAGAGGUAAAGCACAACCCCACCAACUCCGUAGUGUGUCGCGUGCAGGGGGAGUGGAACGGCAUGCUCGAGUUUACGUACGCCAACGGCGAGACACGCAUCAUAGAUGUCCUCAAGCUACCGGUCACCAGGAAACGAGUGCGACCCAAAGAGCAGCAAGGGCCUUACGAGUCCAGGCGACUGUGGCAGCACGUGACCGAGUCGUUGCUGCAGAAAGACAUGGAAAAGGCCACGGAGCACAAGCGCUUCCUGGAGGAGCGACAGAGAAAAGAAGAACGACACCGCAUAGAUACCGAGACGCCAUGGAGGACCAAAUACUUUGAAGGAAAAGGUGAAGGCUGGACGUAUCACAAACCACUGUGGCAAAGUGUUCCAGCACAGAGCUCCUCUACUGCACCUCUCCAGUCUAACCCCUGACGCAAACUCUGACCCCGAUCCCUCACCUGCAGGAGCCUGGCUGUCCCCCUAGGGCUGCCUGUGGGGUUUAUGCUCUCUCUUUUACAACUGACGAGGCGCGCACACACACACACACACACACACACACACACACACACACACACACACACACUUAAAAGACUCCCUUCCUUAUGAUUCCUUAAUGAUGUUCUGGAUAAAUUGCUCUGUGGAGAUAGCGGACUGCCUGAAUCAGAUCAGCACCCCUUGAUUUUGGUAUAUCAAAGUAAAUCAUUCUGAUCCACAACAGAUCCCAGAGCGUGCAGGCAUCUUUUGUUGAUGUUGCCUUAACAGGAGCUGUGAAUAGCAUGAGAGUGUGUUGAUGUUCUGACAGGUGUCUAAGUGAGGAUCGUGUUUGAGGAUGCUUUAUUAACUUGUCUUGAUCUUAUUGAAGAAUGCUAUUAUUAGGCCACAUAAUGGCCCACACUUUUCUUUUUCGCUAUGUAAGCAGUUGAUUUGAUGUAUUAUGAUUUCGAUAUCAUCAGGGAGCUCUACAAAGUUUUGUUGCAGGAGCAUGCAGAUUCAUUAGAGCUGGAUUCCUCUAAGCAUCUAGAGCCACGACGAAAGCGAAUUCGCCGGUUUGGCGUUUUCGUUUUGUGCUACAGCGGUUAGCCAAGUGUUUUCGAGGGAGGUGUCGAGAGUUGUGUUCAUUUUAAUGAGACUUCUUUCUCUUUACCUGUUUUCAGCAUUGCUCAGGUGGGGGCUUGCUCUGAUUUCGCAACUCAACCGUGCUUUGUUGUUUUGAACGGGCACAAAUAUAGUGGCUUCGAUCAUAGUUAUAAUUGGAACUGAUAGAUUAACUUGUUUCUGAAGUUUCUAUCUCUUUGACUGAUGUGAUUAUGAAUAUGUGGAGCUGUCUUACAGUAUUAUUGCAGUUUGAUCAGAAAUGUCAUCACAUGCAGUGAACGCUCUGUAGUUUCUGUCUUAUGUCAUCCUACCUCUCGAUUGAAACUCUGUAAGAAAAUGUAAUAUAAACCGCAUACACUUUAGGAAAGAUCUGGAUAUCUAGGUGUUGAGCCAUACGAAGCCAGCAAAAAUAACAACAGAAAACUGAACAAACUAAAACAAUGUGUGUGGAGAGUUUCCGCUUGACUAAAACAAAGCUCAUUUACGUUAACGAUGCAUUUAUUUUAGUUUCAAUCGAUGGCAGUGUAAGUAAGCAUGUAUUGGACAGAGCAUAAAUAAGGAGCCUCUCAUCUACUAUAAACCCUGGUUGGUCUUGCUAAGAAACUUUGUGGUGCCUUAUUUGUGUUGGUCUUCCUCCUGUUCAUUCCUCCAAUCACAUCCUUCAUGAAACACAUUGAGUAUGUACAUAUCUGCUCCCUUUUCUCAGCAUCUUGACACCCAGAAUGUUUGCUUUUUGCUCUGUAGGGUUUCUUUGUUCGAAUUCAUACACUAGGUUGACUCUGUGUUCUGGAGAGCAGCCCCCUUAGCAGAAAGCCUAAAGUUAUGACGCUUUCAGCUGAGAAAAUCUUCUCUGAAAAUGUCCGAACCAAGACAUGACGGGCCCCAAGUGUUUAUCUCGCUGAGCUGUAAACUGCACUGAUGUUUUAAUUAUCAUCCUGAUAGCCUGAAAAAAAGAAUGAACUAAUAAAAUUGAUAAAGUAUUA